AUGAGUCCAGACUCAAUAAUUAGCAGCACCACAGCCAUAUCCAACAGUGAGUGCUCCGAAAGUGAAAAAUCAUCAUUGUUCUCCACUGAAAAUUUUCAACUUCACGAGGCAAUUCAAUAUUUGGUGACUAUAUUUGACUACGAACCCACUAGAGAGGAUGAGUUAAAACUGACAAAAGGACAGAAAGUGAAGCUGAUAUCAAAAGAUGUUCAUAUUUCUGGAGAUGAGGGUUGGUGGAUUGGAGAAAUCGAUGGGCAUGUUGGAAUUUUCCCUGCUUCCUUUGUUGUCAGUCAGGACAAAUUCUCAACUGACGGUGAUUUUGUACUAAAGCCUAAACUAAUAAACUUUGAUGAAAUCACCUUAAAAGAAGUUAUAGGCGUUGGUGGGUUUGGAAAAGUUUUACGAGGCAUCUACGGUGAUGAAGAAGUGGCGGUGAAGUUAGCAAGAGAGCAGACAUUAUCAACAGUGGAAAAAGAGGCCAAAUUAUUCUGGCUUCUUGAUCAUGAAAAUAUCAUUAGUCUCAAGGGCGUAUGUUUGGAGCCUAAUCACAUGUCACUCGUCAUGGAAUAUGCAAGGGGUGGCUCUCUUACACAAGUUAUCACUGGUCGACAGAUUCCAGCAUUUUUGGUCAUAGCUUGGAUGCAGCAGGUGGCUCGAGGGAUGAGGUAUUUGCACGAAUAUGCACCGAUACCACUUGUACAUAGGGACCUCAAAUCUAAUAACAUACUACUACUUCACCCAUACGACCCCGAUCACCCGACUAACUUCACUAAUGUUCUAAAAAUUACUGACUUUGGCCUGGCAAAAGAGGUAGAUGGUUUUAGCACUAAAAUGAGUGCAGCUGGUACCUAUGCUUGGAUGGCUCCAGAGGUGAUUAGGCACUCGAGGUACUCGAAGAAAAGUGACGUCUGGAGUUUUGGUGUGGUGCUCUGGGAACUGCUGACAGGUGAGGUGCCGUACAAGGGUGUCGACACCUGGGCAGUGGCCUACGGUGUUGCGGUCAAUAGUUUGACCCUUCCCAUUCCAAGUACAUGUCCCCAACCGUUUGCCGAAUUAAUGAAAGUUUGUUGGGAGUCGGAGGCUGACUUGAGGCCAUCAUUCACUAACAUUCUCCUGAAGUUAGAGGCCGUCAGUCAGUCAUCUUUCACGAAUACGCCCGAUCUGUCAUUCAGCAGUAUGAGACUGAACUGGAAACAGGAAAUAGAAGCCAUGUUUGUGGAGUUGAGGACCAAAGAUGAAGAACUGAAAAAUCGAGAAGAAGAACUAAUGAGAGCAUGCCAGCAACAGAAACUACAUGAGGAGUUAUUAGUCAAGAGAGAACAGGAGCUGAUGGAGAGGGAGAUGAGUGUGAUGGAGAGAGAGCUGUCAAUAGCUGUACAGCAACAGCUCUCUCCGUUAUCAACUCAGCCGAAAAUAAACAAGCGACGAGGAAGAUUCAGGCGUAGCAGGUUGAAGUUGUUGAAGUUUACUAUGAGUGGUGCAAGUGGCGGUGGGGGAGGAGCCAACAGUGGUAGUGUCGAUAUAUCCGAACCGUCGGGUUGGUUUGUCAUAUUUGUUUGGGGUUUGUGGUUUGUCUGA